AUGGAGAGCGUAAACAAAGAACAACUCACCAUCUCCGAAACUCAUCCAUGGAGAGUGAUCCCGUCCCUAAUCGACGGCCUUGUCCCAUUACAACGCAAAGUUCUUCAUACUCUUCUCCAGCAGAAAUCUCGGAGAGAGAUCAAAGUUGACCAACUCGCUGGAAGCGUGACAGCGCUCUUCACACGCAAUGUCGAUCAUCAGGAGAUUGAGGAAAGUAUCAUCAAACUUGCACAAAGUUUUGUGGGAGCGAACAACAUCAACUACCUGGAACCAUUAGGAUGGUUCGGAUCCCGCAGGCAAGGCGGCAAAGAUGCUGCAAAGGGCAGAUUUAUCUAUACAAAGUUAUCUGACUUGACAUGCGUUGUGUUCUCUGCACAAGAUGAAAGCAUUCUGAUCCGUCGCUUGCGCAAAAACAAACCAGGAGAGCCGAGAACAUAUGUACCAGCCCUGCCUACGAUCCUCGUCAAUGGAUACAACGCCAGUGGUCACGAUUGGCAAACGUGUAUCCCUCCAUACAACCCGAAGGACAUUAUUCAAAACCUUCGACGCAGGGUUAGAGGAAACUCCAAGAGUGAUAUGCAGCCCAUGAAGCCGUGGUUUCGUAGCUGGACGGGCCAAGUCGAAAACGUCAACCAAACUCAUUACUCAAUGGCAGGAAAGACAGAAAGAAUCUCAGAAAACGUUGUAGAGGUCACCGAACUACCGCCUCGUCUAUGGACACAAGACUUCAAGUCUCAGCUCGAUAAACUUGCCUCCGAACCCUCGCCGACAGUCAAGACCUACACCGAGCAUCCAGCGACUCGGGGUGUACGUUUUGUCAUUGAGCUGGAAGACUCUCAUAAGGAUGCUACAAUUCAAAGAAGCUUAGAAGCUAGGUUGGGUCUUCACAAGAUCAUCACGACCGAUAAUCUCGUUGCUCUAGAUGCAAGCGGACAAGUCCAGAAGUAUGCUACAGAUCUCGAUAUUCUGGAAGACUUCUUCCUAUCCAGAUUCAGGUCUUAUGAAAGGAAAAGAUACCUUCAAUUUUCGACCAUGCGACAAGAUCUGACGAAAUGGACCGAUCAAUCACGAUUCGUCAAGCUGCUCUUGGGAGGAGACAUCAAUAUAGCUGAAGACAGGGAUAUUCUUGUCGCAAAUUUGAUCCAGCACGGUCUCAUACCUGUCGAAAACUAUGAUAAUAUCUUCGUAACNAAAAAGAGAAAACGCGAUGUCGACUGUAAGCCCACAGUUCUUGGCUAUGAACACUUGUUCGAUAUGACCGUGGCUUCCAUGAUGCCGGGUCCUAUGCAUGAACUCGAGCUACUGAUCACAAGCAAGAAAGAGGAGAUUGCGGAGCUAGAACAGAAAUCAGUCGAGGACAUGUGGGAAGCCGACCUUGAUGCGAUUGAAGAAGCGUGGAACCAACAACUGGAAUUCGAUCGCACGCAUCCACACCCAAUCUGUAAAAGAUGCAGAGGUCUUGGUUGUGCACCAUGA